AACAAACAGAAUUUUUCGAUGAUGCAUCUUAUACUCCGUUAACCAGAGGUGGUCAGCUUCCACCGUAUUUUAAGCGAUGUUCAAUAACAAAACUGGCCUCACCAGGAAAAUUGAUGUAUAUAAGCAGAGACCAAGUUGCCCUUCAAAACGACUACACUCAAAUAAGAAUGCCUGAAAAGGAUGGGAAAUUUGCCGUCGAUGGUUUUUUGUGUGUCUAUGAUGUAAGUGGAAAUAUUUCUGAACAAGCAACAAAAGUACAGGUUCAGGAAGACUUGUUGUCAUCAGCGUUGAGCGGUAUCACUAAAACCAAAAAACCAGUUGUUGUGGUCGCGACAAAAUGUGACGAAGUUGAUCAAACCUUACUAUCACAAGCUCAUAAAUUCGUGCACUCGAAAAAGUUGUCCGUGCCAUUGAUCGAGACUUCUGCUUUUGAAAAUAUAAAUGUUGAUUUAGGAUUCGCAAUUCUUGCUCAAAUGAUCGAGUCAAAAGGAAGGUUUAGAUCAAGAAUUGUUCAUUAUAGCGAUGGGGUUCUUACAAAUAAAGAGAUUCUUGCCAAGGCAUUUGAUGGUUACCAAAGCUUGGUCAAAAGCACAAUAACUGAUCUUGAGUCUGUGAUACCCUGGGAUCAGUUCAAAACUUCCCAGCAAGAAAAUGAAGACUUUAAUCGUUAUAUCUAUUUGGCGGGAUCGCGACAGGCUGAAAAAGUUUUUAAGAAACAAGUGUUGAAAAUUAAACAACAUUACGAAGACAAAAAGCUGAACGAGUAUUUAGUCGAUCUUCCUGAGGCCUUCGACGAACUUCUCCCCACACUUCAAAUGAUUGAAAGUUACGACUGGAAGUGGGAUCAAUGUUUACAGGCAAUAAAAAAUCACAAGUUAUUCGAUAAACGUUUUCGUUAUUUACCCAACGAUGUUCACUGGAAUGAUCGAGAGGAAAUACUAAAUAAUUCAGAUCGGAGAAUCCCUGUUGACAUUUUACACCUUGAAAGGUCGCGAGCUUGUUUUGAUAGGCACGUGAAAAAACUAAUCGAAUCUGCCAAAAAAAUUCGCAUGAAAUCUGAUUUUCGGAAUUUGUUGGAACUUACGCCAAAAAUUAGACCAGGCACGAGUUGGAGUGAUGCAUAUUUGUGGCUGUCGAACGAGGAAUCAUAUAAAGGACUCGACGAACAUGAAAGAAAAGAAAUAUUUGAGAAAUAUCUACAAGAAAUAACAUUGGCUGCAAAGGUAGAGUUCCAAGAAUUAUUGUUCGAGGCAGCACCGAAGUUUAUGAAAUUAGACUCCAAUCGUAGGCCAAGUGAGACAGAAAUGAAGGAGAUAUAUGCUCAUUUAGAGGGAGAUGAUCGAUACAAAAAGCUCGAAUAUGUUGGAAAUGCACGAGAUAUUUUGCUGUUCAAUCACAUUGCACUCAUGCAGAGCAGUACAAGGUGCCUAAGUGGUCCUGAAAAAUGUAUGGACAGAUUAAUGCAAGAUGUGGUGGAGAUGACAGCACACAGACCCGCGUACAAUCCGUAUGAAAAUGACCUGCCUAUUGAUGUCGAUGACGAUGAGCAAAUUGGAAUAGUUGUGCUUGGAACGAAUGGUCUCGCUCAGGAGUUAGAAAACAAAAUUAAGUUGCAAAGCUCUUCAAGUGACAGUCUUGAGUACAUUGUCGAUGGUCAAAUUUAUGCUUUGGAUUUGAAAGUGAUUGGUGCUGAUUCAUUUGAAGACCCAAAUGUUUUGGUCAAUUCUGUUAUUGAUUUUCGAGCUCAAGGAUAUCUCGCGAUUUAUUCCUGCGAAAACUCGUUGAAUUAUCUGAAAGAAACAUUAAAGUUCCUUAAAGAUUCAGAGGACAAUCAGCACGAAGCAUUUUUAAACCUACCAAUCAUUCUUGUUUUGGCAAGUGAAUCAGUUCGCGAUGAGGAUGCGAAUUUCAUGUUGAGACAAGAAGGACAAAACCUUGCUGAUCAAUAUCAAUGCCUGUUUGUCGAUUAUCCGUACACCCUGUCAGUUUGUGAUGGACGCAUUCAUGAAACCCAAGUGCAGGACUCAAUACGAGGCAUCGUUGAUGUCAUCAAAAAGAGGUCAAUACAACAGUCCACUCCCACAGUACUGCAAGAAAAGCCCCCGGACUUAAGAAUUCUGCUCUGUGCUAUGUGUGGCGACCAGUAUCCUGUUGAAUUGAUCCUUGGUCCCCUGUUGCAUCACCAGUCAGUUUACUGUAACUCUUCUGCCAGGCCAGACACAGUGAUUCUUGAGACAUACGUUGGAACUGUCAAGAGAACCGUAUCCAUAACGCUCAGCUCAUACCACCGUGCUCACAAUUUGAAAAGUGAGCUCUUCCAUGGAUAUAUCCUCGUUUACUCCGCCACCAGAAAUGCUUCGUUCGAGACGAUGAGCGCUUUCGCAAUGGCUGCUCCCCAAGUACCGAUUCAGGUACUAGCUGUAACUGGCAGUGCCUCGGGUGCAAGUGUUGUAUUUCAUAACGAGACUGCUUCGACACUUCUUGCUGGAGGGACAAAUUUGGCUAACAAACUAAGUGCAAAGUUCCAGACUACUUCGCCUUUGUUCCAGCAUCAAACGGGAGCAUUUGCAGCCUUCUUCACCACUGCCUAUACAAAGAAGGACGAAACAGAAUUCCAGAUAGCCGGAAUCAAAGGUCGACCGCUACCUGAAGUACCGACAGCCGGUUCUCGACCCGGACCAAGAGCAAAUGGUACAUUACAGAUCGAAUCGGAUUAUGAUGAAAUUCCGGCUAGAAAACGACCGGACGAUUCAAACAUAAGCCCGUAUGCGGAAUUUUCUAAGUUCGUUAAACUCAGAGCUGAUACGAUAUCUGAAGAUUCGACCCCUUCAUCGCCAAUGAGAAAUGCUAGUCAGAGUUCAUUUAAGGAACAGAGAUCUAGAUCAUCGACCCAGGAUAGCAGAGAUUCCAACUUUGACGAAGCCGCUUUCAAUGUGCCCCAUGACAAUACAGGUUUAUACGCACAAGUCAUGAAAGAUUUCAACCGUAAAUAUGCAUCAGAGAAAGCGAAAGAGUCAAGUGAUGGAGAAGAUGAUAUGGGAUUCCAAUGGUGCGAUAAUGUUGCCUACGGAACGAGAGGAGCAGACACAUCUAUGUCAUCUAGUAACCACGAGAGACAGUACUACACUGUUCCCCACCCCUCUCGAUCGCAGAAACCCGCGGGAUCAGAAAAGAAGUACGCGACGAUAUCGGCAGCGACUGGAAAACAGUAUAAUGAUUACCCUGCACAAAGCAACGCUCGUCCUGCGCUUUUCCCUCGUGAUUCAAAAGAAUCAAUUGGGCAAAAAGAACGGCUACCGGUUGACGGCUAUGAGCCGGGGGAUAGCUUGAGCUCAUUGUCAUCAAGAAGUAAAGAUUCAUUGGGAUCUCAGGGUGGUGACGAUUUUAUCAGCGUCAGAAACAGAAUCGAUUUCUUCAACCGGGGUAAUGACUCUCCUAAAAACAAACGACCGCCUUCAUCGCCAUAUUGGAGACGGGGGGACAAGAAAGGAUCAGUGUUUGAAGAUGAUGAGCCCAAGGCCCCGCUUGCUAAGCAAGAGGAUGACCAAGAUAACAUUGAAAAUACCAUGGAGCAAGUUCGUGAGAAAUUGGAAAACAAUUUGAAGGUUCGAAAUGAAGGCGGGGAAAAUGUGGAGCUUGGUGUGAAGGAGGGAGAGCAGCGUGUUGGAGAAGGGUUGCAUGAAACAUCACGAAACUCCGAUUCAGAUAAUUCUCGAUCAAGAUCUGGUUCAAAGCAGGAUUACCUAUCAAGUCAGUUUCGAAAAAUCAUGCGAAAGAUGUCACCUGCACCAUCACCUGGAAACUCAGAAAACGACCUCAGUAAGAUUGAUUCAAAUACGAUGAGGCGGACUUUUAAGUCUCGUAAGAAGAGCAAGAAGGAAAGCAAAGACAGGUACAGCGCAUCGACCGACGAAAAAAGCGGUACUAGCCCCCUUCCCCCGUCUCUUGAUCAAACACCAGAUGAUACCAAGCCGGAGAAAGGCUCUAGAAAUUCAGGUGAAGUCAAGUCCAAGUCGAAAUUCAACUCAUUGGAUAGGAUCUCAAAGCGGAAGACUGAUUCAAGAAAGGGCAACAAGAACCCCCCGUCACUUGUAGUCGUUGAUACAGACGAUACCCACGUGGUCCAGAAUUCAAAUACAUUCACUUUGUCAAGGAAAGACAAGAAGAAGAAGCAUCAGAGUCAUGAUGACCUCGAGCUGCCGUCGGAUCAUAACGAGAAUCCAUCAGAUGACGACGGAAUGUCACCAAAGAGAAAGCCAAAGAAAUCAAGAUCUCUGCGAUUUCCAAGAGAUAAAAAUAAGACGCUCAAAAAUGACAAAGAAAGAAAGAUCGACAAGGCAAGAAAAGACUGGGAGAAGAAACAGAAGAAGCAGAAAGUCACUUAUGAAUACUUUGAGAAAAACCUUGCAGAAAUAUGCAAUAACCAAACUCAGCUGCCAAGGUUUUUCAACAAAUGCUUGGAGCAUAUCGAGCUUGUUGGCAUGGACACAGAAGGCAUUUACAGAAUCAGUGGGAAUAAACAGGACAUAGAGUCGUUGCUACGGCGAUUUGAUGUUGAACGAAAUUUGGAUUUCCAAGAAUUAGGGAUUUCUGUGCACGCUGUAACUGGUGGAUUGAAGCAAUUUUUUAAACUACUGCCCGCUCCUCUUGUUCCAGUUGAGUUUUAUCAACCAAUUCUCGAUAGCAUGGUUAUCAUGAAUGCCGAUGAAAGGCUGAAGAAACUGAAAGAAAUAAUACAGAAGUUUCCAAAAUAUAACUUGGCAACAUUUAAGCAUCUUAUGAUGCAUCUAAAAAGAAUAACUGAUCACAAAGCCAACAAUAAAAUGGACGUAAGGAACUUAGCAAUCUGCUUGUUCCCUACGGUUAUGCGGCCAGACUUUUCGACCAUGGCCACAAUUUCCCAUAAUAUGAAUAUGGGAUUGUUCCUGCAAACUUGCAUCGAACAAUGUGAUGGUUUAUUUGACAACGAAACUGAGAUCACGUAGAAUUGUCUAAGAUAUAACCUUGUUACGGAAAAUGGCGUCACCGAUCCUGUGAUAACAAUUCCCAUGUAAUUUGUAAUUUGUUGCAAAUAACGUGGAAAAGGACAAUUUUGAGUUGUUGCACAAACAGGUUUACAGCUUUCAUGACAUUAUUUUGACAUUGUCAAAAAACUAAAGGCCCAAUACAAUAAGUGUAAUUUUGAUAGGACAUAAUUUUCCCUAGACCUAUUUUCAUUAUAUCUCCCUUCUGGAAUUGGCUAAAUAGGUUAUAGCUAUAACCUGUAAUAAACUUUUAAAGCUUCGUAAUGUUAUCCAUGGGGUGACAGAAAUGCCUAAGUUAGAUGAAAGCGAGUUCUUUGUUGUGCAUAGCUUCAAAACGGUGUUAUGGUAGAUAAAUAACAAUAGCAAGUUGGGUAGCGCGGAGAGAAGCGUGUUUGCACAACUUUUGAUCAACAUUAGAUUUUAGACGAUGCAUGUGGUAGAUACUCGCUCACUUUGAGCACUUGAAACUAUUUGCAGAAUGGAGGACAAGAAAGGGUCCUUGUGAAACACCGUGUAUUGUAACUGAAUUAUUUUUAGAUGUCAACUGAUAACGCUCUUGCGAUUUAAAGGCUUAUGGUGAACACAGUAUUUCAGGAAUUGAGAUUAUAACAGCUGAAAUUCUCAAUUUUAAGAACCUGUUCAGCGAAUAAUUGCAUGGGGCAUUACGACAAGAUAGUCUGUUGAUGCAGAGUUUCCUAUGUUGGAGAAUGAUUCCUCGUUUGCAAGUUCACUCCUGUGUCGAAUAUAAUUGUAUUUGUCCCCACAAUAUACGCUCCAAUUGCAUAUCUGCACUACUUUAUUUCGUCGCAGACACUGAGCCUUAUCUCUUUGAUUUUUGUCAGUGCCACUCCAGAGAGACACCUUCGUUAGUUUACUUUGCAUUUUGUGUCAGACAUUCAGUUACUUAGAGUAAAAUUAUUUUUCUUACUGCGUCUUGAUUUUUCUUGAAUAACGGUAGAAAUGACAAUGUUUUUAUCUUAAUUUAGUAGAAGUUGGAUCCCUAUGAUUCCAUAACCACGUCAAUAUUUUGAUUAUCAUCUGACAACUUAUGACUUUAGGCAAGAUGCCAUGCCGAUCCUGCUCUUAGCCUGGCUUUCAGAAUGCCCAUUUAUAAUGCAUAAGAACGUUUCAAGAGAGUUGAUGAGCCCAUCUGCCUUCUGUAAUGCUGAGAAUUCUUGUUGCGUCGCACUGUUAGCUUGGAGGCGUUGUGACGUAAGAAAGCUGUUGACUGCACACUAGCUCUAAAUGUGCGUGCUGCUUUUUGAAGCUAAACUCGCCUUUUCUUUGCAAUCCCAUCACAUAUCACCAUCAAAUUAUCCAUAACUCAGGUAAGCACGGACUAAGGGCGUGAACGGUGUCUGAUUUCUGCAGGUUUUAAAGCUGUGUUUUUUGCUUUUUUUGAAACUAAUAUGUUUUCAAAAUCCUAGAGUCAAAAUUUCGUCUAUCAUUUGCAUACCUAUUUGAAUUAGGCGUAGCAGUCUGUGAAUAAAUUUUGUUUUCUUAUUUAUUUUAGCGUUUUGCGAUAACAUUAAAAGAUGGAAAUGAAA